UGGCCCCACACAAACCUGCCCGUACAGAUUACCGUUCGGGCCGGGUAGGACGCAAUCCGCGUCCCACAAACGCCUAUUUCCUGCCAAAUCCUUUCGCAUAAAGUUCCUGUGCUCGAAAUAUAGGUGCGGCCACCGUGAUGUUUUUGAGAAAUCUACUCCGUCCAUCCGUUUUGUGAGCUUAUUCUAGGACAUGAGGCUAAAAAAUGUCUCAGAACCAAUACUUAAGCGGGCCGAAAACGGGAGUAUUGAACAUCCAUAGUUGAAAUAUUCGUCAGGCCACAGAAGUUUUGAAUCAGGCUAAUAUUUGUGUUUCAGUUCAUCUCAGUAGGAAUGACGUUAUGAACGGUAUGGAUGGAAUGUAAACAUCAAUGUCAACCCCAGGGAGGUUUCAACAGUAAGAAUUUCACUACACACCUUUUCCUUCAGUGCGGCCACUUGAGUCUUGGCUACUGCUCGUUUUCUGUUUUAAGUACUAAAAUGAGCUCACAAAACGGAUGGACGGAGUAGAUUUCUCAAAAACAUCACGGUGGGCCCCACUUAGGUUUCCAACGCAGGAACUUCGUGCGGAAGGCUUUCCAGGAAAUCCGCGUCCGUCGCAAGCAAUCCGCGAAAAUAAAAAUAAAAAAAAUCAUAUAUAUAUAUGAGGACUCUUAACGGCUUUUUUCUCACUUUCCAUAAAACGAAACCCAACGUCUAUUUUCUCACUUUCCAUAAACGAAACCAAAUCACAGCACUUUUCUUUCUUCUUCUUCUUCUUAUUUUUUCUGCUGUCUAGAGAGAGAGAGAGAAGAGUACUGCUGCAAUCAAAGAGAGAGGUUGAGAAAGAUGUCUUCCUCUUAUCAUCCUAACGUAUCUGAUACGGACGUGAGAAUGUUGAAAGUUAGAACGUGGAGAACAGAAGAAGGAGAAGAACCAACAGCUUACUUCCAAAUUCAUCUCCUAACUAAGCAUUCCCUUCUUUCCAAUUCAAGAAGCGGAUUUCCUUUCACUGUCAUCCAUCAAAGAGAAUCUCCCGUCAGCCUCGCAUUCUUUCAAAUUCAAAUGUCAAGCAUGGAAAAUCCUGCUACCUCUUAUCAUUGCAUCUUCCACAUGCUUUGCACGGUUGGCGCCGAUCCGUCCCACAUCGAGAAUUUGAUAGACCAUAUCUCGAUUUUAUGCCGAGAGAGUGCAGAAGAGACGGUACGUAACGGUCUCAGCUCAAUGGAGAUCCUGAUUCGCAUAGAGGUUCAAUUGAGGGAAUUUUACGACUCAGACAUUGCGUUUCCUCUGGAUACAUUGGGGGAAUUUGGCGAUCAGGACAGUGCAUUGGAUCUGGCCAUGAUGGAAUCGAUGAAUGAUGCUGAUGAUGCACGGGCCAUGGCUCAUGGGUCCAGAUCAACGGUUGAGAUUGAAGCUUUAUUGGAAACUUGUCAAAUUGACAGAUGGGAUUAUACGAAGGAUUGUAGCAUUUGCUUGGAGCUUUUGAGUGAGGAGGUCGUCCAUAUGCCCUGUUCACACUUAUUCCACAGAAGUUGUAUUGGGAGAUGGUUGGAAAUUAGUGAUUUGUGCCCCAUGUGUAGAGCUAUUAUUUGAGAAUUGAGAUGAGAUCUUUUUUUUUUCUUUUUUUUUUCCAUUGGAAAUUAUUGUUCUAUUUUAAAAGUCCAAGUUGUUUUCCCCUUUAUAUUUUGUAAUUAAUAGAUGUAACUUGUUUCAAUAUGGAAUGAGUUUUUUUUUUUUUUUCUAUGAAUGGUAUGGAUUGUUUCUUUCUUUAUGCAAAUUGUAUUGUAGAAAACUAUUAUAAGAUAUGUUAAUAGUAAUGUGAUCCACCUCCCUUAGAAGUGACAUAUUUAUCUUAGUUAAACUCAUGGAAUAAUGGAUUGUUGAAAAUAUAAGGAAUUUAAUCUUAAUCAUAUAUAUGAAUAUGAAUGGGAAGCCAUUCCUAUUGACUAAUGAUUUUUCUAAUUUUAUCAAGAAUUAUGUAUUGGAGUAGUUUAACUCAUUUCAACUAUUCUAUUACUCCACACAUCUCCACACUUAAAGAAUUUCUAUAUACUCAAGAUUAGGAUCUGAACCGAUCCCAAUUUAUAUUGGAUUCACUGGUAUGCUCAGAUCCAAAUCAUCCAACGAUUAAUAAGUUUGAUAAAUUUAUAAGGCCCACUUAAUAAAAAUUUUAUAUUCUCCCACUUAGGCCAUAUUGAUUAAUAUUAAACUUUUGAAAAAGAAAUUCUUUUAAAAUUUAAUAAAACAUUUAUUUGAAACAUUCUCAUAGGCAGCCAU